AUGGCGAGGAGCCACUCCCGCCCUACGAAUUCCCAGUUCGCGGAUUUUGAAACCACCACCAUAUCCGAGGACAGCAUUGAACAACCCGAUCUGACCGAUCAGGAGAGCGAACUUGAGGUAUCGGACCAUGGAAGAGUGAAAUAUGUGCUUGGAGCUACGUACAAAGGACAUGGUAAAAACGUGCAGAACAUCAUCGCCAAGACGAGAAGCUUCGAUGAGCCGAUUCGACCCCUCCAGCCUCCGCACGCGGCUACCCCGACGAUUCGGAGCGUAUUU